AUGGACUUUGGGCCCACUAGGGUCAGAUCUUCCCGGAACUUCCACAGAAUCCGCAACAGCGAACUCUUAUCUGAUGCCCGAGACGCGCUCAAGAACGUAAAAAAGGAAGAAUCGACGCCGAAUCAGGACGUCAUCGGAGGGAUCAAGCCUCCCGUGUCGUCAGUGUUGGUGGAAUACGAAAGUCAUGAGGGCUUUGAGGCGCUGUCAAAAGCUGCUGUUUUCCCCACAACUUCAUCCCCUGUGAUGGCAUUGCCCUCACAUUUUCUCUGGCUUUUGGGAGGGUCCAAAAGUCAGACGGGGAAAUCCGAGCCCAAGGCACCAUCGCUUCCGAUUGAGAAGUUCUUCGUUCCUUCAGAAGUGGAGCUGAGAGAGCGUCUGAAGCCACUUCAGAUGUCUGAGCAGAUCAAAGAGCUCUUUCAGUACACACGACUGACUGAAGCAGGAGUGAGGCUCAAGUACAUGAUAGCCUGUCAGUUGGAAGAUAUUUUGUCAUCUUCUUUCAUGCCAUUGUGUUCAGUGGCACCAUUUGGGUCCUCUGUGAAUGGGUUUGGGAAACACGGAUGCGAUACGGACAUCGUCAUUCGCCCCACAUCUGUUGAGGAGUUUGGUGACCCACAGAGCAGAUUGGUCUUUGAGACUAAAGCUGUUCCAGGGAACCAGCGUCUUCAGACACAGCUCUAUCUAGAGCUAAUAGGGGAUUUGCUGGCAAAUCAUGUGCCUGGUUGCUCAAAUAUCAUCCGCAUCCUGCAGGCAAGAGUGCCCAUCGUUCGGUUCAAUCAUGACCUUGCUGGUACCCAAUGUGAUAUCUCUAUGGACCCGAUGGGCCAUAGGAUGUCAGAGCUCCUCUGGCUCUGCACUCAGGUAGAUCCCCGAGUGGCUCCACUCGUUUUUGCCGUGAGACGGUGGGCCCAAGGAGUCCAGUUGACAAAUCCAGCACCAGGGAGAUGGAUCUCCAAUUUCUCUCUGACACUGUUGGUCAUCUUCUUCCUUCAGUCAACUUCCCCUUCCAUCUUACCUCGGCUGCACACGCUGGCCAACUGGGCUGCAUCGGGUCAGCCGACAUUAUGA